UCUAACGUUUCCGGCGGUUCGACGUGAUGACGUACGAAACGGGAAGCGCCUUCUGAACUUGUUGCCACGUCGAAAUAUCCCUGUCGGGUUUAUUCACUGGGAAUCAACCUAAUCUAUGGUUUAAUAUUCACCACAGCAAUCAUGGUCUCCGUUAUCAACACAGUGGAUACCUCGCAUGAGGACAUGAUUCACGAUGCCCAGAUGGACUACUAUGGCACGCGACUGGCCACCUGCUCAUCCGACCGCACCGUCAAGAUCUUUGAUGUCAGGAAUGGAGGGCAGAUAUUGGUAGCAGACCUGAGGGGCCACGAGGGUCCUGUGUGGCAGGUGGCAUGGGCCCAUCCCAUGUACGGUAACAUCCUGGCCUCUUGCUCGUACGACCGCAAGGUCAUCGUCUGGAAGGAGGAGAACGGCUCCUGGGACAAGAUGUACGAAUACACAGGACACGAGUCCUCAGUGAACUCGGUGUGCUGGGGACCAUAUGACUUUGGUCUGAUCCUGGCUUGUGGGAGCUCUGACGGCGCCAUCUCUCUGCUCACCUUCACUGGAGAACAGCAGUGGGACGUGAAGAAGAUCAGCAAUGCACACACAAUUGGCUGCAACGCAGUUAGCUGGGCUCCAGCUGUGGUCCCUGGCAGUCUAGUGGACCAGCCGUCAGGACAGAAACCAAACUACGUCAAGCGCUUUGUCUCUGGCGGAUGCGACAACCUGGUCAAACUCUGGAAGGAGGAAGAUGGCCAAUGGAAGGAGGACCAGAAGCUUGAGGCUCACAGCGAUUGGGUGAGAGACGUUGGCUGGGCUCCUUCUAUUGGUCUGCCCACCAGCACCAUCGCCAGCUGCUCACAGGAUGGGCGGGUGUUCAUCUGGACGUGUGAGGACCCGACAGGGAACACCUGGACGCCCAAGCUGCUCCACAAGUUUGUUGACGUCGUCUGGCACGUCAGCUGGUCCAUCACUGGAAACAUCCUCGCCGUCUCCGGGGGCGACAACAAGGUGACACUCUGGAAGGAGUCUAUGGACGGCCAGUGGGCUUGUAUCAGUGAUGUCAGCAAGGGCCAGGGGGCGGUGUCCUCCAUCACAGACACUCAGCAGAGCGAGCAGUGAUGCACUCACUCACACACAUGAAGUACAAUACACAUCUCAUAACACACUCAGCAAGCAGUGACACACACCAUAACACACAAACACACACACACACACAUAUUACAACACACAUGCAUACACUCACACGCGAACAUG